AUGGUGAUGAUACUGACGUUAUUGUUUUUGAAUUGUGAGUAUGGUGAUUUAGAAAUUAUAUUAUGUCGACUCGUAUUAACUAUCUUUCUAGAGUAUACCGUUACAGAAAGUGGUGAUUUUUUUUUAAUGGAAAUGUUUAAUAAUAAAACUAAUGUAUAA